ACAUGAAAUACUCUGACUGAGCAUUUGGUUGAGAAAUCUUUUAUCAGAAAAGCAACUAUCAUAGAUUCAAAUUAAAAAUUGUUACUAUAAAAUAUAAAUAACUUCUCCUAUCACCUUAACAUACAAAUAUAUAUUAAAACAUUUGGUUGACGAAAACUAAAUCAUACAAAUCCCAACUACGGUAUCCAAACGCCAUCCUUAAAAAAAAAACUUCGAUUUGAUCUCUUUUAGUGAAAAAAAUGGCUGAAAAUCUUAUGCAUGCUUUACAAUAUAACAGCUAUGGCGGAGGCGCUGCUGCUUUGAAGCAUGUUGAAGUUCCGAUCCCCACUCCAAGUAAAGGUGAAAUUUUGCUUAAGCUGGAGGCAACUAGUCUAAACCCAAUUGACUGGAAAAUACAGAAAGGGAUUCUGCGCCCAGUUUUACCAAGAAAAUUUCCCCACAUACCUGCAAGUGAUGUAGCCGGAGAAGUCGUAAAGGUUGGACCAGGAGUCACAAAUUACAAAGUUGGGGAUAAAGUUGUAUCUCUUCUUGAUCAUUUGACUGGUGGACUAGCUGAAUGUGCUGUGGCUACGGAGAAUCUGACAGUUGCAAGGCCACCAGAAAUAUCAGUUGCCGAAGCUGCUGGUUUACCCAUGGCUGGUCUCACAGCUCACCGAGCAGUCACCCAUGGGGCUGGGGUCAAGCUUGACGGAAGUGGCCAGCAAUUAAACCUCUUGAUUACUGCUGCUUCAGGUGGUGUAGGUCAUUAUGCAGUUCAACUAGCAAAGCUUGGAAACACACAUGUAACAGCUACUUGUGGGGCUCGUAAUCUGGAUUUUGUCAAAAGCCUCGGAGCAGAUGAGGUUCUUGACUACAAAACUCCUGACGGUGCAGCUCUGAAAAGCCCUUCCGGUCGCAAAUACGAUGUAGUUAUCCACUGUGCUUCUGGUAUUCCUUGGUCUACCUUUGAACCUAAUCUAAGUUCAAACGGGAAGGUAAUCGACAUAACCCCUGGUCUUAGUGCUUUCCUAACUUGUGCUAUAAAAAAGCUUACCUUCUCAAAGAAGAAGCUGGUACCACUCUUUAUGUCACCGAAAAAGGAGAACCUCGAUUAUCUGGUUAACUUAAUGAAAGACGGGAAGCUGAAGACGGUAAUCGAUUCAAAGUAUCCCCUAAGUAAGGCUGAGGAAGCAUGGGCUAAGAGCAUUGAUGGUCAUGCCACUGGUAAGAUCAUUGUGGAGCCUUAAUCUAUGAAAUAUUACUUCAUACUUACUGCAGUGAUGCUUGGAGGUCAUGCUGCUUGUGUGUAUAAUUAGGAUUUGUGUAUCUUGAAAAUUAUGUGUAUGAAAUGUAUGGUUAAUAUACACAUUGGAUGACAUUGCAAAAUUUUCUUAAUGUGUUAUAAGCUUUGUAUUCACAAA